GGGCGGGGAGCCUAGCGCUUCCAGCGGGCAGCGCCGGGGGAGCCCCGGGCGGGCGGGCGAAGGGGGAGCCGAGCACUUGCAGCCGACAGCGCCGGGGGAACCGCGGCGCGGGGCUCGCAGCAAGCGACGGCCCGUCCGCCGGGCCCGCGGCGGCGGAGCAACCGGCCGUCAGAGCCCCGGCCCGGCGCCCUCAUGGCCGCGGCCAAGGCAGAGAUGCAGCUCCUGCCCCCGCUGCAGAUCUCCGACCCGUUCGGCGCCUUCCCGCACUCGCCCCCCGCCAUGGACACUCACUAUCCCAAACUGGAGGAGAUGAUGCUGCUCAGCGGCGGGGGCCCGCAGUUCCUCGCCCCGCCCGGGGCGCCCGAGAGCGCUGGCUUCGGCGCCUCCGGGGAGUCCGGGGAGCAGCACUUCGAACACCUGGCGGCAGACACUUUUCCCGAGAUCUCCCUGAACAACGAGAAAGCCCUGCCAGAAACCAGCUACCCCAACCAAACGACGCGCCUGCCACCGAUAACCUACACGGGCCGCUUUUCCCUAGAGCCGGCCCCCAACAGCAGCAACACCUUGUGGCCAGAGCCCCUCUUCAGUCUCGUCAGCGGGCUGGUGGGCAUGGCCAACGCGCCUCCCACCUCUACGCCUUCUUCAUCAUCACCAUCCUCCUCCUCGCAGAGCCCCUCUCUGAGCUGCUCUGUCCAAGCCAGCGAGAACAGCCCAAUUUAUUCAGCUGCGCCAACUUUUCCCAGUUCCAGCUCUGACAUUUUCCCUGAACCGCAGACCCAGUCCUUUCCCAACCCCUCUGGAGCCCCUAUCCAGUACCCACCUCCAGCUUAUCCGACUGCUAAAACCAGCUUUCAGGUGCCAAUGAUCCCCGAUUACCUGUUCCCUCAGCAACAGGGGGAGCUCAGUCUUGUUCCGGCUGAUCAGAAGCCCUUCCCAGCCCUGGAAACCAGAGCCCAGCAGCCUUCCCUCACGCCGCUGUCCACUAUUAAGGCGUUUGCUACUCAGACUGGCUCCCAAGAGUUGAAGACCCUCAACACUAACUAUCAGUCCCAGCUGAUCAAGCCCAGCAGGAUGAGGAAAUACCCAAACCGUCCCAGCAAGACCCCUCCUCAUGAGCGACCCUAUGCCUGCCCAGUGGAGUCCUGUGACCGCAGGUUUUCGCGGUCCGAUGAGCUAACACGGCACAUCCGCAUCCACACGGGACAGAAACCUUUCCAGUGCCGCAUCUGCAUGCGGAACUUCAGCAGGAGCGACCACUUGACUACGCACAUCCGCACACACACAGGGGAGAAGCCAUUUGCCUGUGACAUUUGUGGCAGAAAGUUUGCCAGAAGCGAUGAGAGGAAGAGACACACUAAAAUCCACCUUAGGCAAAAGGACAAGAAAGUGGAAAAGGCAGCUCCAGUCUCAACUGCUUCCCCAGUUCCUGCCUACUCAUCCUCUGUGACUGCAUCCUACCCGUCCUCCAUCGCCACCACGUACCCCUCUCCGGUGCGCACGGCGUAUUCCUCCCCGGCCCCCUCCUCCUACCCCUCCCCUGCACACACCACGUUCCCGUCCCCUUCUAUAGCAACCACUUACCCCUCUGGCACCGCCACUUUUCAGACCCAAGUGGCCACCUCCUUCUCAUCUCCAGGGGUCACCAACAAUUUCAGCUCCCAGGUGACCUCAGCGCUUUCAGACAUGACAUCAGCCUUUUCUCCAAGGACAACUGAGAUUUGCUGAGGUGACCUCUGGAACACAAGAAGUCACCUCUUCCAUUGGUACUAUCAGACACGGAGUCUUCAAUUGCUCCCCCAACACCAGAUGUUGCAAGGCUGUUUAACUUUUCUUUAAACUUCAGCUGCCUGAAACAACUGCCGUUUAGGUUUACCACCUCUGUUGAAUGACUUAAUUUGCAUGGACUGUGGAUAUAAGUUCAGUAUAAUUUUCCCCGUAAACAAUAGUCUUUUAUUAGGAAGAAAGGACUUUUGAUUAAGUAUGUAGCUGAUGUAAAUUGAACAUGUGCCAUGGUUUUGCUUUCCUUUAGGUACUAUUGAUGUGAAAAAUCUUUGCAUAUCCAUAUUGUAUUAUUUGGAGUUUGCAGGGCCAUAUUUGUAAAUGUUAAUUCUAUUCAGUGACAAAGCUGUAAUGAGUUUCAAACUUCUUUGGGAACAGCACUUACUGUAUUUGAGCAUGUUAGAGUGAUGCUGUGUAAAUAUCACCUGAUGAGACACUCACAUGUGGCAGAAGUUUUGUUUUUAAAGUUACACGUCUUGGUGCCUUUUUGUGAAGCCUUGCUGACGUCAUGCGUUUGUGUGAAUGGAUGCUUUGCAUCUUGCCUUAAAGUGAAAGGGAUGUUACUCAAAGAAUGUCAGGGAGAGCAGGGAAUGGUGGGGAGGGAAGCACGAGAAAGCCCCGGGGGACAGAAUGUAAGCAAAAAAACCCCACACCCCUCAAAGUCUAUUUUUGUUACAAAAAUGUAAAUAUAUAUAUAUAUAUAUUCAGGAGUUGGAAUGUUGUAGUUACCUACUGAGUAGGCAGCAAUUUUUGUAUGUUAUGAACAUGCAGUUCAUUAUUUUGUGGUUUAUUUUUAUUUUGUAAUUGUGUUUGUUAAAAUGAAAGUGACUGUUUGGCUUCUAAACACAUUGAAUGCGCUUUCCUGCCAAUGGGAUAUUUGGUGUACAAUACCCUCCAGAAAAAAAUAAAUAAAAUAUCAAAUCAUGCAGACUUACACAUUUUCCUUUAAGCUGCUACGCAGGAAGACUGUGCUGCAGCAACCCUGUCUCCUUGAGUGGCUGGGAAGCAGUAAGCGCUGCUUGUCUCCUGGAGCAAGGAGGGGAGACAAUCGCUCCACAGUCCAGUUGCGCAUGAAGGCGGGACGGAGCACCCGCUUCCCUGCAUUCAGUGCAUCACCUUAAGUAGCCACGAUUCCUGUUUUCUGGCUUCUCUAGAAGCACGUGAGCUAAUCUGAAAAGGAAAACAAGCCUCCCCGUGCUGAAAAUGAGGUUGGACAAUUAGAAUCUCAGCUGUGUUCACAGGUAGGAGGUCACGGAGCGGUCUCUGGGCGGUUGACGGGGGCAGCCCUGCUCACCCGCGGGCUGCCACAGCGCAGGGCACGCGCGGGCACGGCCUCACAUCCGCCAGCAGAGACGCCUCAGCAUCUAUAGGAGGAAAGCGCUUGCGGACACGGAGGCUUGAAACGCGUCCCAGGGGCACGUGAACUCCGCACAGAACUCGGAGGAAUUCGCACCCAUGAGACCCGGCGGGGCCGGGGCGGGAGGUUCUGGUGUCAGUGCCUUCAGGCGAGCUCUCCACAGACCACGGACGUUCAGCGCCGCGCGGAGCUGGGACGCGGAUACAGGCCUUGAAAUCGACCCCACUGCCGAGGAAGGGCAACCUGCGGGGGACCGGGGCCAGCCCUCCCGGGGCCGGGCAGCGAGUGUGGCAGGGACAGGAGCGCGGCGCGGCCGGGGAUCCGGACGGGCUCUCCCGGGCGGGACUGCCCCCGCCGGGCCGGGCCGGACUGUCUCCGCCGGACCCCGCGGGUGACGGGCGGCGGCUGCGCGCGCAGCGCCGGGAGCGCGCUGCGGGGCGUGGCCUCGUCACGCGGCCGCGGGGCGGCCAAGGACGAGCGGAAACGUCGCUCUCGCGGCGGCCGGAACCUUGCGGACCAUAUUUGGUGUUUCCUCCGCGCCUUUUAUGGCACUUCCGAGGCCCAAAAAAGGCGUUUCCUGCUCGCGCCGCUGCCGCCGGCCCGGCCCGGGCUCGGGCCCGCACAGCCCGCGGGAGCCGGGCAGGGCCGGGCAGGGCCGGGCGGCGCUCCGGGCGGCGGGCAGGCCGCUGCCGUGCCCCGCUGCUGGGCGCUGCGGCGGGCCGCUGAGCGGGCCCCGCGCCGCCCGGGCGGGAAGGCCGCAGUUACCGGUGGGUACCGAGGAGCCGCUGCCGCGUCCCACGGCCUUCCCCGCGGAGCCGCUCCCGGAGCCGCUGCACACAGGGACAGCCCCGGCCCGGGAGCCUGCUUUGUGCCCUGAUUACACUGGAAACACCGACCCCUCGUUGUUCUUUUCUUUCAGACCCCCGAGGUAGAACGCGCUCGGGCGCACGGACCAGCGCAGCGGCCCCGUGCCGCGCCCACCCGGUGCGUUCGGGCGGCUGUGUGAAGCCGCAGAAAUGCGGCCGUUGCAGCCGCUCCCGCCGCACCGGGAGCUGCUGCUGCCGAGCGGGCCCGGCGAGCGAGGAGCCGGCUGCGGGAGCAGCGCUGCGGGCGGGGGGCGAGGAGCCGGCUGCGGGAGCAGCGCUGCGGGCGGGGGGCGAGGAGCCGGCUGCGGGAGCAGCGCUGCGGGCGGGGGGCCGAGGAGCCGGCUGCGGGAGCAGCGCUGCGGGCGGGGGGCGAGGAGCCGGCUGCGGGAGCAGCGCUGCGGGCGGGGGGCGAGGAGCCGGCUGCGGGAGCAGCGCUGCGGGCGGGGGGACGUGCGCCCUGCGCGUCCCGGCAGCACCGCGGGAGCCCCGCGCGACACAGCCGUGCCACCCCGGGGCGGCGGGAGCUGCAGCGGGCCCGCGGCCCGGUCUGCAGCGGGUGCAGUGGCUGGAGCUGCAUCAGGAGCCACGUCCGCGGCCCCUUGCCAAGCAAACGUAACUGGGGCUGGGACACGUGUUGGACUUUCCACUGUCAGUGGCUGUUCCUUCAAAAAUGUUCGAUUUGUGGCCAGUGGACUCCAGAAUUCUCAAGAGUUCUAAGUGGACAUAAUACAUUUAUGACGAGGGCUUGGCUGUGUGAUUUUUGAGCUAAACAUUCCGUGUGCUUACCUGCGUACAUUGUCUGAAUGUAGCGCUAUUAAGUGCUAAUUAGACAUAGAGGCAGGUCUUAAAGCACAUUGAGACUCUAGAAUGAAAUAUGAGCUAUAGCUGAAGAACAAGAGCUUUGAAAAUAGUUAAGUUUUUCUGCUUUAAUAGAAGUGACUUUAUUUUUAAUAAUCCAGCCUUGACUGAUAGACUUUAAUGAUUUAUGGUCUUGACCUGACUCAUGACUCUCUCCUCUUAAACACAGAGGUCCAUGCUUAUAUAUGGUGUUAAUCACUCUGCAGCACUCAGUUUCUGAUUGUUCUUUGGCACGGCUGUAAUGCAAAUGAGAGAUGCUUAGGCAGAAGUGUUUUCAACAUGCACACUUUCGUAACUACAAAACGCACUAUUAAAGCACGUUUGUUGGAUGUUUUUCUGUAAGCACAUGGGGGUUUUGUUUUGUGAGCUCUUCACGCUGCUUUUUUGUAUCUCCAAAAACCAACAUAGCAACUACACCCCAAGCAACGAAAACCCCAGAAAGAAAACCAAACCCCAACCACCCAGCCCCAGCAAUCAGCUCCGGAAGCGCACGAACGCAGCAGGAGGGCAGCGAGCUCCGAGAGCCACUCGGGCGCGAACGGCUCCUUCCGUGCGCUGCGUUUCGCUGGUGGGUCUCUUGGUCUACCAGAGGAUGUUCUUUUGCUUGAAUUUGCCAUAUGGGUGCCACCGGACAUAGCAACCCCGCAGCACUGCUGGGCUGGGUGUUAGAAGCUCUGCGGGAAGCCGCCGCGCUCGCUCGCCGGGAAGCGCUGCCCCCCUGCGCAGGAACGCUGCACAGAAAGAGGCGCGUUGGGGCUAAAGGGUUGGUUUUCGGGCGCUGGGAUCCCGAGCGAGGAGCGGGAGCCGGUUCUGUUCGCGGGGGCUGUGGCGCCCUCGGAGCGGCGGUUCCCGGGGCGGGCUUGGAAGGGGCAGCAGGUGAGAGAAUUAACCGCACGUUAUUUUGUGCAGGCUCCAGAGACUCCGGAUUGUUUCUUAGCUCCAGAGCCGGCAGCUGGUGCCAGACCCUGUGUCCGGUUCAGACACCAGAUGUCCCUGUGCUGCCACCUCAUGUUGAAAACACAAACAACACCAUCAGCUCACUGGGAAAUAACUGUGAAAAAUGCUAAAGUGACCUUGUAGAUCUGGUAUUGACUAUGAAAACGAUCACGUCAAGUCAUGCAGUUUGGGUUCCUUUGCUCUCCUUUAGGAAUCCCAGAUUAAAGCUCUUGGUUGUUUAUUUA